AUGGCCCCUGGUAUCAGCAAGCGCCAGCAGGCGCGGAAUGAAAAGACCUUGACGGAGCUGAUCCGGACCGUUCCUGGCAAUGACCGAUGUGCCGAUUGCGAUGCCUUGACCCCAGGAUGGGCAAGCUGGAAUAUGGGCAUCUUCCUUUGCAUGCGUUGCGCCGCACUCCACCGAAAGUUGGGCACACAUAUUUCCAAGGUUAAAUCUUUGACCAUGGACACCUGGACGUCAGAGCAAGUUGAUAACAUGAAAUCGCACGGUAACAUCCUUAUGAACAAAAUGAACAACCCGCGGGGUAUCAGGCCGCCAGUUCCUACCGACAUUGACGAGGCCGAUGCAUGCAUGGAACGGUUUAUCCGGCAGAAGUAUCAACAUCGCUCCUUGGAAAAUGGGAAGCCAAAGCCCCCGAGCAGGGAGGAUUCGAGUUACUCCAACCCUAGGACUUCGUCCCCCGUGGAGUCAAGAAAAAACGACUAUAACAUAUCUCCCGAGGGUUCUCCUCCUCCACUUCCGCCUAAACCUGGAAGGUUCUUCAAGUUUGGUCUACGGUCGUCAUCCUCUACCUCAAACCUCCGUCGAUUUGGUGGCAAGCCCAAGGUGACUUCGCCAACCUUGGACAAUAGAGCUUGGUCACCACCACCAUUGCCUUCCAGAAGGACGACAGGGCUUGGUACGCCUGUCGCUGAUGUGGCAACGGCAUCUUUCGAGUCUAAAAUGGCGGCAUUGCAGGACAUGGGAUUCACCAAUGACCGACGAAACGAGAUGGUUCUCAAGGGACUCCAUGAGGAUCUGGAUCGAGCGGUCGAAACACUGGUUAGGCUGGGCGAGGGGAGCAACCCUUCAUCAAGAUCCAGGACUCCAGUCGGGACCAGCACUGCUGCAUCUGCGCGCAUAGUAAUCUCGAAGCCCGAGACGUCCAAGAACCCAUUCCCGGUCAAAACCGACAACAUAUUCCCCGAGGUUUCCAACAACCCAUUUGACCGGGCAGUCUCAAAUCCUGUGCCCCUGUCGCAAACCCAGCAACUACAGACCGCUUCGUACAACCCAUUUGAUCAGCUAAACCCGAAGCCGGCCUCUACGCAGCCUUUAGAAUCAUCUUUCCAGGGCCUGCAGGUUUCCCAGCCUUUGUUCCCUCACUCCACUGGUGGAUACCCGAACCAGACAAGCUCCAUGCAGCACUCUGUGUAUCAACAGUCUUAUACACCUCCGAUCACAUCGACGUUCUCGCAGUCUCCGUAUGUUACCUCGCCUCAGCCAAUGGACAACACCUACAAUCCAUUCAACCAGGCACCCCCGCAGCCGCAGGGUGGCUUGGCCAGUCAGACAUAUCCCAACCCCAAUUCGCCGCAAACGAACCCCUUCUUCAACAAUGCGCCGCAAAAUCAACCCAUGCAGCCGCAACAGCAGCAAGCGACCCCAUUCGCAACAAACUCAGGAGGACCUGGAUUCCCUCAACAUGCAAAUACCAUGCCGGUCAUGUCUUCCACCUCGCCAUUUGGACCAACUGCUUCUUUCCAACAGCAACAGCAGCAGCAGCAGCAGCCAUCAAAUGGUCUGGGAGCUUACAACCCGUUCCAGCAAGGGCUGGCGCCGAACACAGCACAGAACGCAGGCGGCUUCUCUGGCAAACACCAGCAGGCGCAGCAGCUCAUGCCUCAACCCACUGGAAUGGACAAAAACAGCAUUCUUUCAUUGUACAAUAUGGGGCCUGCGCAGUCUACUAUGACAUCCAUCCCCGAGCAACCUCAACAAUUCCAGCAAAACCAGCAAAACCAGCAGCAACAGCAGCAACAGCAGCAGUCCCAACCUCAACCCCAGCCCCCCACGAUGAACCCCUACUCCCAACAAUCAAACCCAUACACCUCCAUGCCUCAGACCCAGCAAGCCACAAACUUCCAGCAACAGCAACAGCAACAGCACCAGCAACAGCAACAGCACCAGCAACAGCACCAGCAACAGCACCAGCAACAGCAACAGCACCAGCAACAGCACCAGAGCCAGCCCCAGCAAAAUUAUCAGUCCCAGCAAACUACCACCAACGCCCAGCCUACCACAUCCAACAACCCAUUCUUCGGCACCGCCCCCACAGGCAGCGGAUCCGGUCUUGCUGCACAAGCAGGCAUCAACCCAUAUCAGCAGCAAUCCUCGGGGCUAGGAAUUGGCGGCAUGAAUGGCCAACCCGGGGCUGGAACCGCCCCUGGAACCACUCCAGCGGUAGGAACGAAUAACUCCCCAUUUUCGGGAAUGAGCAGUCCCCCCUUUGCAGGAGCAAACAGCUCCCCAUUUGCUGGAGGGAAGUCCCCAUUUUCAGGCCCGCCGCCCACGAACUCGGCGUUCCAACGCUCACACAUGAGCCAGCCAAGCGUUGAUGUGAGCGGGCUGCAGAGUGGUCGCCAUAGCCCUGAUGCCUUUGCUAGUCUGAGUGCUCGCUAUGGUUGA